AUGGUGUCACUACAUCGUCGGAAGAUAAACGGAUGCGGCGGGGAAGCGGAUGUAGCAGCGUACAUGAUGGGCGGGAUGGACCUUGAGCAGCGAUGCCGAUCAAGACAUCGAUGGGUUGGCCUUAUGCAGAUUAUGGGAGUGUAUAAGGACGGCGGAAGCUCAUUAUGCAUCGCUCUGGCGGCGGGUGCCACCAUACGGCCCCCAUCGUGGUCUAGAGGAAUCCCCGUGCCUAUGCCUGACGAGGCGGAAUCUUGGAAACCGGAAAUUGCGUUCGGCGACAUUGCAUUCCCUCUUCCAACUGUCCCUGCUGAUCCCGAAACCACUACCACCGAUGUCGCAUCAACAACAAUUGCGACCCCGACGACCACAGUCACGACCACAACGGAAGCAAACACUGCCGCUCCGGAAACACCUACUUCAACGACUAAAGAUCCAUCCAUAACCGUCUCCACAACCACAGAGCUUACAAUAACUACCGAACAGGAAAAUAAUAACCAACCAACUACCGAACAGCCCACAACAGAAAAGCAAACUACCAAACAGCCCACAACUGAAGCUCCUACAACUAAUAUCACAGAUCAGCCAACAACCGAAUCCCCGACCACUGACCGAUUGCCAACUACUACCAAACAGCCAACAGCAGAAGAUGCAACAUUUACAACUUCUACCGAACAGCCAACAACAGAAACUUCGACAUUACCAACUACUACCGAACAGAAAACAACAGAAGCUGCGACAUUACCAACUACUACCGAGCAGCCAGCAACAGAAGCUGCGACAUUACAAACUACUACCGAACAGAAAACAACAGAAGCUGCGACAUUACCAACUACUACCGAACAGCCAACAACAGAAGAUGCAACAUUAACAACUUUUACCGAACAGCCAACAACAGAUACUUCGACAUUACCAACUACUACCGAACAAAAAACAUCAGAAGCUGCGACAUUACCAACUUCUACCGAGCAGCCAACAACAGAAGCUGUGACAUUACCAACUACUACGGAACAGCCAGUAACUGCAGCUCCGACACUAAAUACUACUACCGAACAGCCAACAACUGAAGCUUCAACAACUACUAAUGAACAGUCAACAACAGAAGCUGCGAUGUUAACAACUACUACCGAACAGCAAACAACUGAAGCUCCGACAUCAACAACUACAUUUACCGAACUACAAACAACAGGCGUUCCAACAACAACAGAAGCCUCGACAACAGCAACCACUACCGAAAAGCCAAAAACUGAGGCUCCGACAGUAUUUACUACUGCCGAACCAAUAACAGAAUCUCCAACAACAACUACUAAUACCGGAGAGCGAACAACAGAAGUUCCAACAACAACAGCAUCUACCGAAAAUCCAACAACAACUAGUUCUACCGGAAACCCAACAACAGAAAUUCCUACUUUUACUGAACAACCAAGAACAGAGACGGUCCCAGAAACUACAACGACUGAUGCGACAACAAAGGUUGUUCCCACAACCAACAUAACCGACACGACAACCGCCUUUAUUCUGCCGAUGACGACAGCGACCACCUCUGCGCCAACUUCAGCAACACCGAAAGUAAAUUCCCCAGUUACCAGAAAUCCCGACGUUUUACCGCCAAUCUCCAAAAACGACGACAGCAGUGAGUCUGACGACGAUUUCGAUGAUGACAACGAUUUAUGGAAGGAUCGGUUAGACUACAAGGACGAUAAUGUCGCUAAUAAUCACUGGAACUUUUGGUUAAAAGCGCUGAGGCUGGCAAUUGACCAAGCGACUAAGCGUUCAAGGACAUUCCGCAGCUUCCGUUCAAGCCCAAUGUGAUCGAUAUGAAUCCAUUACCUUACCGGACACCAAGGCAGUCAUAGACAAGAAACUAGACACGAUGUUAUUCACAAUUCAAAGAUGAAAACCAGCGCUGGUAAGUGGUGAUCCAUGGAACUAUGGGGUCAUAACUAAACUCCAAAAGUUCGACAAAAUCAUGAACAAUGAGCUUCUGAAUAUCCGAGCAGUGUUUUACAUACUCACCAAACAUGGCACCAGAACCCCGUUCGAUAAACGGGCAUUCUUUCGACCAAAGAGCGUAUAGAAAGUAAACUACGCCUCAUUUAAUAUGUAUUGCAUGUUUCAAUAAUUUAUUUAUAUUUAUUGGUUUCAGGAUCUCAGCAAAUGCUCAUAUACUCUAUUGUUUGGAGCGUUAAUGAUAUAUUUGAUCAGAAUUGUAAGUAGUAUU